GCAGCACCAGCUAAAACAGCCUCUCUGGAGAAACCUGAGAACUCGCCAGCCUGUUCAAAAGAAGGACAAACUUUUGCUGAAUAGGGUGCCUUUCCUAAUGGCUGUGGUGAUAAACACUUAAAAUCGCUUGGCAAUCUUAAUAGGAAGGUCUAUAUGUGCCCAAGUUCCCGAGCAUCCUUACAUAGACAUGGCUGGCCUUCAAAAUAGUGCUUUGAGGAUCGUUCUGGUAGGGAAAACCGGAAGUGGGAAAAGUGCGACAGCAAACACCAUCCUUGGGGGCAAAGUCUUCAAGGCUGGACUAAGUGCCCAAUCCCUUACCGAGACCUGUCAAAAAGCAUCCCGGGAGAGGAAAGGGACAGAACUCCUUGUUGUUGACACCCCGGGGCUCUUUGACACUAAGGAGAAACUGGAUAAAACCUGCAAAGAAAUCAGCAAGUGCGUCCUCCUCUCCCGCCCAGGGCCUCACGCCAUUCUCCUGGUUAUGCCGCUGGGCCGCUACACGCAAGAAGAACAGAACACUGUUGCACUGAUCAAGGCUGUCUUUGGGGAGUCAGCGAUGAAGCACAUGAUCAUCUUGUUUACCCGCAGAGAAGAGCUGGAGGAUCGGUCCCUGGAUGACUUUAUAGCGAAUGCAGAUGUGAACCUGAAGAGCGUCAUCCAGGAGUGCGGGGGCCGCUGCUACGCCAUUAGCAACAAGGCAGACAAGGCUGAGAAGGAGGGUCAGGUGCAGGAGCUGGUGGAUAUGAUAGAGAAGAUGGCACGGGGAAACGGAACGGAAUAUUUUUCUGUGGACAUAUACAAGGACACAGUGGAGACACUGAAACAACAAGCAGCAGUUUUGAAGGCAAUGUUUGAUGAUAGGUUAAAGAAUGAAAUUAGACGUAUAGAAGAUGAUCGUAGUCUUAAAUCAGAGCAAGAAAAAGCUGAAAAAAUAAAAGAUGUAAAGUUGAAAUAUAAUAACGAACUUAAAAAUAUAAUGGAAGAAGUUGAGCAUAAUGUACCUGAAGAAGUCUUUAACCGGAUUAAGAAGAUACUUUUUAAAAGCUGGCAGAGGUGAAAGGAGUAAUGUAUUUUAUUCUUUCUCUUUAUUAUACUAUGAUUUGUUAAUGUGGUAAUUGUAUAUUUGCUGUGAUUAUAUCUCCCCAAUGCACAAGUUUUAUUAAGGUAAAAUUGAAAAAAAAUUACAUCUGCUUAUACUUUAUGAUAUGAGACACACACACAUAUCUUGAAAUGAUUAAAUCAAAAUCAUUGCUAUAUUCUUCACAUAUUUACCUUUUUAUAAUCUUUUUUGGUGCAUGAAAAGUCAUUCAUUCCUUGUUUAUACUCCUGUGGGACUAUGUUCUUCUUACUUUUUACCUGUUAAAUAUUAUGAUUAGUGGUGAAUUAAGCCUGAGAAUAUAUAGAGAGGAUUAAAAUUGUGUUUUUGCAAAAACUGAUGAAGAGAGGGGAGGGAGGUGGGAUUGAGGGAACAA